AAAGGGCCGAACAAAAAAAGCAAACCAGUUUCCGUUGUUUAUUUAUCCACGUAAAAAUUUCAAUUUCAAUUUCAGUUUCAGUUUCUUUUUUAAAAGUCUCUCGAAUCUUUCUGUUGUAUAUAUACAUAAUCUUCGAUUUUGGAGAUAUUUUGCGGACGGGGUUCGAUUCGAUCUGGGUAUUUUAGGGUUAAAGAAUUCUCUGCUAUGGGUUACGAUUCGAUGACGAAUGUUUCCAUCCCCACUGCGGCAUCAAAAGCCAAGGAAAUUGGCAAGAAAAAGAGGGUGAAUAGGACGGCCAAAUUGAAGCAGAGCAAGCUCGAUGUUCGUCGUGAACAGUGGCUUUCCCAAGUGAAGAACAAGGGGUGUAAGGAGGAAAUUAACGGUGCUAAUGGUGUGAAAAUGCAUUCUCCGGACGUCCAUGAACGGAAUGAUGACCGGCCGCUGAUGAAAUUGGAGAUUAAUCCUGUUGGUGAAGAGACUGAGGGCAUUACGAAUCAUUACAGUGAUUCUGAUUCACCAUCCAACAGCCCUAUUAGUCACACGAGUAGCGUUUUCGGGAGUAACAGAUCACGUUCUCCUUUUACCAGCAGCAGUAGUAGUAGCAGCGGUGGUUGUUGUUCAGGAAGCAUGGCUGAAGAAGAUGAUGGCGACAAUGGGUGUUUGGACGAUUGGGAAGCCAUUGCUGAUGCUUUAGCAGCUGAUGACCUUAAAAACGAUAAUCAUGAAUCCCCUGAACCUCCCCAGUUGAAUUCACUCCCCCCACCUGAGCCAGAGCCUGUGAAUGUUACAAUGGUGGGUCAAGAUGGUUGCUGUGCUCGAGCCUGGAGACCGGAUGAUAUUUUCCGUCCACAGAGUCUGCCAAACUUGCUAAAACAAAACAGCUUCCCCAUGAAUUCGAACCAGCUUUAUGGCUUUGGAGCCAUUGAAUUUGGUUUCAAGAAAGUCACUUCUCCUCCAUCAACAUGCCCAAUAUGCUGUGAAGAUCUUGACUUAACCGACACGAGUUUUCUUCCUUGCCCGUGUGGCUACAGGCUUUGCCUUUUCUGUCACAAAAGAAUUCUUGAAGAUGAUGGCCGUUGUCCAGGCUGCAGGAAGGAAUAUGACCACCAUGGCCAGGGUAAUGCAUCUUUAAAGCUAGGCCGUUCUUGCAGCAUGAUCCCCAGGCAUUAGAAAAGUAACCGGUUCCUUUGAGUAUGUAUUAUGGCCUAUCUUUUCACAUAUCUUGCUUGUCCUUUUUACUGUUCGAAACUGCUUUAGUGCCAGAUGUGUCAAUAGUAAUGCAGAUCUCUUAUCGGUUUGAACUAUUUGUUUAGCAAUGUGAUGAUUCUAUAGAGGAUUAGUUUGUAUGUGAAUAGAUAAGGUAGUAUAGAAAUUGAAUACGAAUCCAUCAUUUGGAUUACAAUGCAAAUUAAAGGUGUCUUUGAACCUUUUCGAAUUAAUCCAUCAGCAGAAUAAUAAGGAGAGUUGAAGCUUUCCAUGGUAUUUAUG